GCCGAGUGAAACUUCCGGCUCCAGAGGCUUGGGGCUUGUGCUGACGGAGCGGAGCCAGCAGCGCCGGGAUGGUGCUGCUGGAGAGUGAACAGUUCCUGACGGAGCUGACUAGGCUCUUCCAGAAGUGCCGGUUGUCGGGCAGCGUGUUCAUCACCCUGAAGAAGUAUGAUGGCCGAACUAAACCCAUUCCAAGGAAGGGUUCUGUGGAGGGCUUUGAGCCCUCCGACAACAAAUGUCUGUUAAGAGCUACUGAUGGGAAAAAGAAGAUCAGCACUGUGGUGAGCUCCAAAGAAGUGAAUAAGUUUCAGAUGGCUUAUUCAAACCUAUUGCGAGCUAACAUGGAUGGGCUGAAGAAGAGGGACAAAAAGAGCAAGAGUAAGAAGAGCAAAGCAGCGCAGUGAAGGGCACCAGCUUUCCCGUUUUCACCAACUAACCACUGAAUUGCUGUUUUUCCUUUGGUUUUUAUUUUUGGCCACAAAGCUGAGUUUCUGAUUCCCUUAUAAUGACUGUUUUCAUGUGAGAUUAGGGUCAUUUUUGGAUGGAAGAAGGGCUGCAGUGUUUACAGGCUAGUUACACGAAGCCAGUUUAUCUUAGAUCUGGCUAGUGGUUUGUGUUGGACGGUUGUAUAUUCCUGGAUAAUAGUUUACAGACGCUGUAGCCAUCUGUAAAGAGCAGUGUAUUAUUUAACCUGUAUUUAUCAGCACUGACCAACUUUUAUUCUUUUUCCUACCCCAUGAAAAGUUUCUGGCCAUAGCUUCUCGUUCUGGAAUGAUGUGAUUAUGUAUAGGCUUGAGGCCCUGUCUUUUGGUUUACUGGAACUGAAACCUGACAAUUUUAUUAAAAGUUGUGUUAUUUCAUGGGUUUCCAAGCUGGCUGUAUAAUUUUAUCAUCUUAGUUCCUUAAGCAAAUCUGAAUGAGUUUCAUAGCCAAAUAAGAGUCUGCUUAACCAGACUAAGGAUAAGCUUAUUAGAGAAUCAUCAAGAAUAAAGAUUCCAAGUUAAUGAUGA